AUGUCUUUACCACCAACCCCCGUGGCAUGCGACGAUGUCAAGCAAAGGACCGACCAACAACACAAAUCAGGAUGGUUUCAAUUCAUGAAGUCUGUUGCCACAUUCAAGGGCGAUCUCGCUUCUCUAUCGGCACCACCAUUUCUAUUGUCCCCAGACAGCAUUUGCCAAUUUAGUCAAUACUUCAAUGACCAUCCGGCCCUAUUAGUGGCUCCCGCCCAGGAACAGAAUGCCGAAAAGAGGGCGCUGCUUGUCAUGCAAUGGUUCUUGAGUGGUCUAAGGCGACAAAUGGCCACCCGUAAUGAAGACGGCACACGCAAAAAGCUCAAGCCUCUGAACCCCUUUCUGGGAGAGAUCUUCCUUGGCAGAUGGGUUGAUGAUUCUGGUACGACCGAGUUGAUCUCCGAACAAGUAUCGCAUCAUCCUCCCCAGACGGCCUAUCGGAUAUGGAAUGAGGAACAUGGGGUGUCGGUUGAAGGACACAUUGGUCCAAGAUCGUACUUUUCUCACACCAUCAACAUAGAGCGAAAAGGCUUCGGCACCUUUAGAAUAGACAGAUACAACGAAGACCACGUCUUUACCAUGCCCAAGGUACACGUAGAAGGCAUCAUGACCUUCCAGAUUGCACCAGAGUUGGGCGGCACUUCCUACAUCCACAGCUCGUCAGGUUACACUACCAAGAUUGAAUACUGCUCCAAGGGUUGGCUCCGAGGAGCGAGCCACUCGUUCAAGGCGACGCUGUUCCGCGAUGGCGCCGAAAAGUCUCCACUCUACACUGCCGCUGGCAGCUGGGAUGGGACCUAUACCAUUGCCAACUCCAAGGGCAAGGUCAUUGAGACUGUCGAUCUUGGCUCGUUGAAGAGGACAUCUCUGCAGGUUGCUCCAGUUGAGCAGCAACACCCCUUGGAGACGGGCCGAGCCUGGCAGCAUGUCAUUGAUGCCAUUCACAACAGCGACAUAUUCGCCAUUGGCCACGAAAAGGGCAAGAUUGAAAACGCGCAACGGGCUCUGCGGAAAGAAGAGGCACGAGAAGGGCGGUCCUGGCAGCAGAGAUACUUUACGCCCAUCGCCGACGACGCAUCCGUCGAAAAGCUUGCCCUUAGAGGAAAGAAUGAGCCGUGCCACGACUAUCGCGUGUUUUGGAAAUUCGACCAGUCCAAGCACGAUAGAAUCAAAGAGAACCAAUUCUGA